AUGUUUGCCCAUAGUAUAUUCAAUUCUUUCUUGCUUCUCACCUUGACGAAUGUUGCCAUGGCAGCAUACUCUGCAUCUGGUCACAACGUCGCCAUGUAUUGGGGGCAAGGUGCUGGUCAAAAAAGACUUUCCUACUAUUGUGAUUCAAGCAAUGCUGAUGCGUAUGCUGAUAUAAUCAUGGUUUCUUUCCUUGAUAAUUUCAGUGGCUCCACCGCUUCCUUUAAUUUCGGUAAUGCCUGUGCUUCAGAUUCAUCUUGUACAGAAAUCGCCGAAGACAUAAAGACCUGCCAAUCCAAAGGAGUCAAAGUUUUGUUGUCCAUGGGCGGUGCAGAUGGCUCCUAUGGUAUUUCUGGCUCCUCAGAUGCUUCAGAAUUGGUGGAAACCUUGUAUAAAAUGUUUGGUCCUAGUGGUACUGUUUUCCCUGGUGCUGAAGUCGAUGGUUUUGAUUUAGAUAUCGAACAAGGUACACAUACUGGUUACAGUGAGUUUAUCAGUGCUGUCAAAACUAAAUUCGGCUCAGAUUUUUUAAUUAGUGCUGCCCCUCAAUGUGUUUUCCCUGAUGCUUCAAUUGGUGAAGCUUUGGAUAAAGCCCAGAUUGACAUUGCUUUCAUCCAAUUCUACAAUAACUACUGUUCUCUCGACAAAACUUUCAAUUGGGACACAUGGACUAAAGCCGUUACCAGUACCUUUGCUAACAAAAAUAUGAAAUUGUAUAUUGGUUUGCCAGGUUCUUCUUCCUCCGCCGGUUCAGGUUAUGUCUCACUCAGCACCGUGAAAUCCAAGGCAGCCAAGGCGCUCACUAACUCCAACUUUGGUGGCUUCAUGUUCUGGGAGGCCUCUACUGUCAGUGAAAAUACUGGAUUUGUUUCUGGGAUCAGAAGUUUCAUGGGUUCCAGUAGUUCAAAUUCUGCUUCUACGACUACCACUGGAACUUCAUCUUCUACUCAAAGUUCUAGUGCAGCCCAUAAGAAGGAUUCCCAACAUCAUAUCAUCGUCACAACUACCGCCAAGGCAGUAACUUCGAAAGUUACCACCACUAUUUCUCCAUCACAGGCUACCAGUGAUGAUUCCGCUGCUGCUGCGUCUUCCUACACCAGCGAGUCAUUGGCCACCAACGUUUUGUGGGCAGUUACUACGACCUAUGCCACCCCAACCUUGCAAACCAAUGUUUUAUGGGCUGUCACAUCAUCUGCUUCUGCAUAA